AUGUCGCGAAUGUGGGAGGUUGAUCCGGAGACAAGGGCCAAGCUCCUCCAGUUCUCCAAAACCAAUGGCAACGAUAAAUGCUGCGACUGCGGCGCCCCUUCGCCUCAAUGGGCGUCCCCUAAAUUCGGUACCUUCAUCUGCCUGAACUGUGCCGGCACCCACCGCGGCCUGGGCGUUCACAUCUCCUUCGUCCGUUCCAUCACCAUGGACGCCUUCAAGACUUCAGAGAUUCUCCGCAUGGAGCACGGUGGCAACGAGCCGUGGAAGGCAUUCUUCGAUUCCCACCCCAUCACGCAAUCCGAAGGUCGCACGUUCGAAGAUUCCACCAUAAAAGAAAGAUACGAAGGCGAAGUCGGCGAGGAGUGGAAAGAGAGACUCGCUGCGAAGGCCGAAGGAAGAGAAUACGUUCCGGGUCAACCCAAACCGCAACAACCAAAGAAUAAGGAACCGACAUCCCGGUCAAGCACACCCCUGGCUGCCCGGGGCGGAUCCCCGGCAUCGCACGACGGUGUGCCAGAGAUGAGCAAGAAGGAACGCAACGAGGCGUAUUUUGCUCGGCUGGGAAACGAAAACUCCUCGCGCUCGGAAUCGGUACCUCCAUCACAAGGAGGCAAGUUCACCGGAUUCGGGGGUGGAAUGCCGGUCACGAACACACCCAAAUCGUCAGGUAGCGGGGCGGCAAUUCCAGGAUUCGAUGAUUUCCAGAAGGAUCCUAUGGGUGCGUUGACAAAGGGCUUCGGAUGGUUUGCGACGACUGUGGGGAAGAGUGCGAAGACAGUCAAUGAUUCGUACAUCCAGCCUACGGCGAAGACGGUACAUUUUCCAUCCAUCCUCAUCUCUGUUCGCUAUGUACCAAUAGCAGAAUCCGACCUUGCAGCUCAAGCGCGCAUUCACGCCGCCACCCUCGGCCAAAACAUGCAACACGGCGUCCGUGGCGCAGCGGACCAAUUCCAUCGUUUCGUGGAAGGCCCCGACGAAGCUGCAGCCGCAGCUGCAGCACGGAGAGGCCGCGUUGAACCGGAAAGAAAGGACUUCUGGGACUCGUUCUCCUCCGUCGCGGCGCAGGAUAGCCACCGGAGAACCGCAUCCAGGUCGAGUGCUAUUGGCACCGCGGCGAUGAAGACGGGGCCUAGUGGUGCUGGCACUUCUUCGACUUCGUCUGCUGCUGCGUCGUCUGCAACGACGGGCACGGGGGCGGGCUCGUCCGCGACGGCGAGGAAGAGUACGGAUGACGGUGGAUGGGACGAUAACUGGUGA